UGCGAUAAUAACCGGUAUAUUAACCACAAAUAUACUCACAUCGAAAAAGAUUAUAAUUUAGUAUUUAAUGACUUUGAAUGCAAACCAUAAGUUUGAUUGAGAGGUUUGUCCGGCAAUAAUGAGAUGCAGUGAUUGUUUCGCACAACUCAUCACUUAUUGGUCUCGCGAUUCAAAUGUAAUCAUAAAUUGUAUUCAAAAUUUGAAUUUUAAAUCACAAUUGCAUUCAAUUUAACCGUUUUAUCAAUAUUUUGAUCUCAAUUUGCAUUUGCCUUAAAAAGCAUUGAAUUUUGUCACAAAAAACCUUUUAUUCAAUCUCUGGUUUUGAAUCCCUUAUUGUCCGCGUAUUUCUUGUGUCCCAUUCCUCUCGCUAUCCAUAGGUUUCUGAAAAAUCCAUUGACAACUUCGAUAACCACUUCGACGGUGAAGUAGACGCCUCAGCGAUGGCCACAUUUGACAGCUAUUAUCCGCGAAACAACACCGGUCUUCGCGAGUGUCCGUUCGACGCCAACCAUAGGGUCAAAGACAGCAAAUACGCCAAACAUGUGCUCAAAUGUGAACAACGGUUCCCGAAUCACGUCCGACGAGUCAACGCAAGCGCUGGUCGCCAACCGGUGUUCGCGUCCAUGGAUUCGAUCGAUUCGGGUCUUAACAGCACUUCAGUGGACACGAACGGCGGCCGCGGCAGCGCUGCCGACACCUCGAGCCUCACUAACGCCAUGAGUCGUAUGAAUGUCGGCGACGACGACAGCGACGACCUGUGGUGGGCAUCGGAUCCGCACAGCAGUCAAGCGACUGAUACCGAAGUAAUCGCCGAUUCAGCCGUUGAGAUGAAUGAGGAGUCGUCUAAAGGAUCGUCGCAUUUGUAUCAAGAGAUUGAAUCCGACUCACGAACGGAGACCGCGAGUCACUCGUCAGCCAAUGUAUCGCAAACUGCGUCCCAAUCGGUGGCCAAACGCGUGAUUGAAGGCAAUUGUCUGCAAAGCGAAGAUCUGGCGGACGGCGAAGACGACAGCGCCGGAGAUGCCGACGAUUGGACGGGAGGAGAGGUUUUUGAUUUAUUUGAUCCGAACGUGGAUUACCAUAACCUGACUGAAGAACAGUUGACCGAAUUGAGUGAGACUUUUGUGGAUCCGAUAUUAUUGGCCGCAAUGGACAAAAGCCAACGCAAGAGAUUGUAUCACAAAAUGAAUGAAAUGAGAUGCGGACACAAA